AUGUAUGAGGCAGACUCUUGGUACACGGCCUUUGUGCCUCGCACGGCCAAGCCCCAGGAAAAGGCCAAGCAUCGCCGGAGAGAGAGCCUGCUCAAACAGGAGAACGUAAGCCCACCACCCGCUGCACGGGCUGACUUGGAGCGCGUAGAAGCCAUUCCAGAGACGGUAGAAGAGGAUCGACCCGGCAAGCUCAAUGGCCCUCCACCGGCCACCGUGGCCAGACGCGCCAAGUCGUACAGUGACUUCUACACGGUAGUGCGGGCACACCUGAAGAAGGAAAAGGCACUGGAGAAGAAGAAGUCACGUGAGGAUAUCAACACUGAGUUGGAGUUGGCUGAGUGGUAUGGCGGUGUUCAUGAUGAGUUGCUGGAAGCCAGCCACGAGGAGUACAGGCUCUACCAGAACCAACUACACAUGACGCGGAACCACCUCGAGAACAUCAUCUCCGACACGACUUCCACCCUCGAUAUUCUCUCCUCCCUAUCCGAAUCAUUCAAGGUCGUCGAAGCGCAGACCAACGCAUUCCGUACACAAUGCGAAGGCCUCAUCGACGACCAGAAGCGCAUUACCAAGCUCGCCGACGACAUGGAACAGAACCUCCGAUACUAUCUGUACCUCGAACCUACCACUAAGCGGCUCAAUGCCCCAGGUGCAGGCAAGAUAGUGCGAGGCAAGGAGUUUGUUGAGAUGCUGGCGAAUUUAGACAGCUGUCUAGAAUACAUGCAGGCGCAUUCCAAACAUCGCGAAGCCGAAACGUACCGAUCCAGAUACCGACUACUCCUCACCCGCGCCCUCACACUCAUUCGCGUCCACUUCACCGAAGCGCUCCGAGAGAUUGCAGCCGAUGUGUCGAAACGGAUAGCGGACAGACAACUAAAUGAUACAACCAUGUCUGCGCUGUUGUACGCCAAAUUCCGCGUCGGAGCGCCAGAGUUGAAGAGUAUAGGCAUUGAGAUACAAAAGCGGGCAGUACUACCAGCUGGAGCGGCGCCUGGUGGAGAAGCUGAAUACCAAAGUCUAAUGAACGAGCUGUACCAGAGCUACUCAGCCACCCGGGGCCGCCUCAUCCUUCCCAUCGUUACGAAGAAAAUUGGAGAGAUCGCACAAGCUCCAAGCACGUCAACAGAUCUCGUGGCCUUUGCGCGUAGCAGUAUAAGCUACAUACGUGGCAUAUGUUUCGACGAGUGCGACCUAUGGAGGGAGUGGUUUGACGGUGAUGGCGGACUAUACGACUUCUUGGAAGCUAUAUGCGAGCCUCUUUAUGACCAUCUCCGACCGCGCACCAUCCACGAGACGCAAAUACUGAAGCUGUGCGAACUAUGCACUCUCAUACAAACACGAUAUAUGGAGGAAGAGGAAGAAGAGUCGCCAAUUGAAGCGAACAAGCUGGACUUUUCUGUCAUUGUACAUCCGGCACUGGAAGAUGCACAAAACAGAUUGGUGUUCUUGUCGCUUGCAAUUCUGCGGGACGAUAUCGAAAGAUACAAGCCCAAACCAGAAGAUCUCGACUACCCAGCAAAGAAUAAGAAGCACGCCACUUCCGGAACAAAGUCGAACCAACCCGUCUUGUCUGGCAAGAAGCAACCCAAGUCCGAAGCCCCGCCUACCCCAUUGAUGCCAAAGACGCCCACAAUAGUCGAGGACGACGAUCCAGAUGCGCGAUGGAACUUCAAUACUGAGGCGGCUUACAAAGACUGGUAUCCUACAUUGCGCAAAGCAAUAUGGUUGCUCAGCAAAAUCUACAGGCUCGUUCAUUCCUCUGUGUUUGAUGACUUGGCCCAUCAUAUCGUUCACAGCACUACACUUUCACUCGCUCAAGCUAGCACAUUGCUUGUCAAAUCCGCCUCGCCAACCGACGCUGCCCUCUUUCUUGUAUCGCACCUCCUCCUUCUGAAGCAACAGAUCGUAGCUUUCGACAUAGAGUUCGUUACACCCGAAACUGAAGUCCAGUACAACUUCUCCAGUGUCACAAACACGUUCUGGGAGCUGCGUGCUCGUGGCGGCCUCUUCAACCCACGCAACCUAGUCGGUCUACUCAUUCCCAAAGUCGUGGAGAACAUGUUGGAUGCGAAAGCUGAAGUAGAUGCGCGCCUGCGUCAAGCGAUCAACGACUUCACUGGACAGUUUGUUACCAGAAUGACAGCGCCAAUUGAUACGAAGAACAACAAGAAGGUGCCACCAAGCGAGGCGCCUGCGCGCACAAGCAAGAUCCGGCAGAACAUCGAGCACGAGACGCCAUUCCUGAGAUCGAAGCUGGAAGAGUACAUCACCGACGCACGUACACGCGAGAUGCUCGUAGCAGCUGUAAUGGAAUCUGUCACACAAACGUACGAAGAUUGGUACGACACGUCAUACUCUCCAUCUCUGUCCAACCAAAAUGGAGCCGGCAGAAGCACCAAGGGCAAAGGUAGGGAGGAUGGCGUCUGGGACCCGGAUGUAUUCAGUGAGUGGUGCGGCAACACAUUCAAAGUAGGUACGCUAGGUUUGGGCAUUAUGGAUGAUGAACAAGAAGACUAUCAAGAUGGAGAUGAUAGUGACGCGGAUAGUAUGGGUGCUGCCAGCGGGCGAUCCGGCACAGAAAGGACAGGAAACACUGGCUUAAGGAUCAAGAUGUGA